AUGUCUGGUCGGAAUGAACACCAUCGCCAACACCAACACCAACACCAUACCGUUCCUCUUGCAGUGCUCUUGAAGCGGGAAUUGGCGAACGAGAAAAUCGAGAAACCGGAUUUGGUUGUUGUGUAUAGCCAAGCUAGCGAGAACAAGAAAGGAGAGGAUUUCACGUUGAUAAAGACCGAACGACAAAGAGUCGUUGCAGAUGGGGUUUCUACCUAUUCUGUUUUUGGGCUAUUUGAUGGACACAAUGGAUCUGCUGCUGCUAUUUAUACCAAGGAGAAUCUUCUGAACAACGUUUUAAGUGCCAUUCCCCCAGAUCUCAACAGAGAUGAGUGGGUAGCAGCAUUGCCAAGGGCUUUGGUUGCUGGCUUUGUAAAAACUGAUAAAGAUUUUCAACAGAAAGCAAAAACAUCAGGAACAACCGUAACCUUUGUGAUUAUAGAAGGAUGGGUUAUAACAGUGGCAUCAGUUGGUGAUUCCCGUUGCAUACUUGAACCUUCUGAAGGUGGGAUUCAUUACUUGUCAGCAGAUCAUCGACUAGACACCAAUGAAGAGGAGAGGGCGCGCAUCACUUCAUGUGGGGGUGAAGUUGGUCGGCUAAAUACAGGUGGAGGUGCGGAGGUUGGCCCGUUGAGAUGUUGGCCUGGUGGCCUGUGUCUUUCUCGAUCCAUCGGUGAUAUGGAUGUUGGUGAAUUUAUUGUCCCUGUACCGUAUGUAAAGCAAGUGAAGAUAUCCACUUCAGGAGGAAGACUUAUUAUCUGCAGUGAUGGAGUCUGGGAUGCUCUAUCUGCAGAAACGGUCCUUGAUUGUUGUCGUGGCAUGUCAGCGGAGGCUGCAGCACCACAUAUUAUAAAAGAAUCUGUGCAAGCAAAGGGACUUAGGGAUGACACAACCUGCAUCGUGGUUGAUAUAUUACCCCAGGAGAAGCCACCUACUUCUGCACCAACACAAAAAAGACCGGUAAAAGGAAUGUUGAAGGCCAUUUUUCGCAAAAAGUCCUCUGAGCCAUCAUAUAUUGAAAAAGAAUACGUUGAGCCAGAUAUAGUUCGGGAAUUAUACGAAGAAGGAUCUGCCAUGCUUUCAGAAAGGUUCGAAACAAAAUAUCCACUCUGCAACAUGUUCAAGUUAUUCAUGUGUGCAGUAUGUCAAGUAGAGAUGAAACCCGGGGAGGGUAUUUCAGUACACGAGGGUGCGCUUAACCAAGGGAAACCGCGCCCCUGGGAUGGACCUUUCCUAUGCUCAAGUUGCCAAGAAAAGAAAGAAGCCAUGGAAGGGAAACGAACAUCAGAUAGACAUAACAGUGGAAGUGACUAA